GGUUCAGUCCGUCGGAUCUCGUGUCAACAGUCGGUUCGGUGUCGGUGUCCGAAUAGUUAGUUGGCCCAGUGCCUGUCAGUGGUGUAUUCUUUCCAAUUUUAGCGCGCGAUUCUCACGCGUGACCCAAGCUGCUGUAGGUGUUGGAGAGCGAAUAAACACGCGCGCGUCAACGCCUAACUUGUGUGUGAUACGCAAUACUAGUGUGAACAGGGCUAGAGGUGAGCUCUCGCGGAGAAGCGACUUAGAACAUUGACCACUUGGUGAAGAGACCUGUCGGAAAAUACCUGCUGGAAAACUUUCCACGACAAACACCGCGUACCUACAGAAGGGAGGUUAGGUUAGAUGGCGUGAGUGCACGUCAGCUGAACUUAGUCCGUGAACGACCGUUGAUCUGCGCAGGUAAUCGUGUAGUCGAUUGAGUGAUUUAAGCGAGAUUAUCGAAUCGUGUGUGCGCGGUUUAUUGAAAGUGCACCCUGGUGAGAGAUAAACAUCUAUCGGUAAUGAUAGUGAAUCAGCGGGGCAAGUUCAACCAGCAAAGAAGAUAAAUUACGGGAAGACACUCAACGACUGGUAAUCCAGAAGGAAGCUGCUGUUUUAAGGAGUGAUCCACGAUGCCAUCUGGGAUGAAGAAAGUGAAAAAUCCAAGGCUAUGGGUCGGCAUGAAACCAACCAAAUCGCAACUUGGAACGGCGAAAUUUAUGUAUUUUUACGGGUAAGCAAAACAAAUAAAUGCCUCCGAAAUUCACCCAAACAAAUCGUAACUUUCAGCUCAAAGUUCGAGGAUCACGAAUCGUACGACCUGGACCAGGCGGAACAGAUCGUGAGCCACGAGAAGUUUGACGCGCGCAAAAAGACGGUCAUGUACUUCCACGGGUACAUCGAGUCGCCGGAGGUGGAGAGCGUGCACGUGAUCGUGGACGCGUACCAGAAGCGCGGCGACCACAACCUGAUCGUGCUGGACUGGACGAACCUGGCCGAUGGGAGCUACCUGCUCGAGGCGGUGCCAAAUUGUUUGAAGCUUGGCCAGAAGCUAGGCAAGGUGAUACUUAACAUGGUCAACUUUGGCUUGGACGUCGAUAAGCUGCACAUCGUGGGCCACUCGCUCGGUGCCCAACUGGCCGGGUACGCCGGCCGCACUGUGAUAUCGCAAUCAGAUAAGAAGAUUAAGCUUAAGCGAAUCUCCGCACUCGAUCCAGCCUUCCCGCCGUUUUAUCCGGGCGUGUUUGUGACGCACUUGAGCGACAAGGACGCCGACUUUGUUGACGUGAUCCACACCGAUGCCUGGCUGUACGGCGCCCCGGUCAGUACCGGAACGGCGGAUUUUUGGCCCAACAAUGGUAAAACCCUGCAGCCCGGAUGCCCGAAAAGGAACUACAAGCCGCUCACGGACAACGAUUUGUGCAGCCACCGGCGGUCCUGGUGGUUCUGGGCGGAAAGCGUUGCCGAACGGGGGACACAGAGCUUCCACUCGGUCCGCUGCAAGUCCUGGGGGGACUUCAAGGAGGGCAAGGUCGACCGGUCCGGCCAGGUGGUGCACAUGGGCAUCGACUGCAGCUCGGACGCCAAAGGAGACUACUACCUGCAGACGAACGGCAGUCCGCCGUACUCCAAAGGAGUGUCGGGAGCCAAGUUUGAAUAGCAUUUUAAGGGCACAGGUGCUGGGUACUAGCACUUUUUAGGCGUUGUACAAAGAUUUGUUAUAAAAAGUGGUAAACAGUUACGAAGUAACGUAGUUGUGUAAUGUAACUUUUAGUAAGACAGAAUCCAGGCGACAAUAAAAAAGUUAUAAAAUUUUAGGAAAUAAAUUCAAUCAGAUUCAGAUAUA